UAUAAUAACUAAAGAACAAAAAAACCAUAUAAAUACGUAGCCAUAGUAGUGUGCUACACAAAGCAUAUUCACCAACCACUUUCAAAUUUCAUUUCAUUCAAACUUCCUUCUUCAAUAAAUAUCACAGUAUAUUCACUCAACACACACCUUCAUCACUUUAUUUAAUAUCUUCUCAUAAGUAUUAUAUAACACCGAUUAAGUUUUUUUUUUAAUCAUCACACUCAAAACAAUAUAUUACUAAAUAGAUAUGGGAGGAGGAGAAUUCUGUGGAGGAUUUUCACGGCUAAAAAAAUCAUUGACUCAAAUAGAGAAAUCCAUAAACAACACCGUUUCAAUGAGUUUCAUCGGAUCCUACUUCAAAUUACAACAAAGAAACACUUGCUUCACAAGAGAACUCCGUGCCGCAACCGCCACUUUCCUCACGAUGGCUUACAUCAUCACCGUCAACGCUACCAUCCUAACCGCCUCCGGUGGAACCUGCUCCGCCGCCGACUGUUCACAUCCGGCGACUCCAGAUUGCACUCUGAAGCCAAAUGCUGGCUACGAAACUUGUCUAGCAAAAACAAAAAAUGAUUUGGUAGUAGCCACUUCUGUUUCAGCUAUGGUUGCUUCUAUCGCUAUGGGCUUAUUAGCGAACCUUCCUUUGGGCCUUGCUCCAGGUAUGGGGCCCAAUGCUUAUUUAGCUUUUAACCUUGUUGGUUACCAUGGAAGUGGUUCACUUUCUUAUCAAACUUCAAUGGCUAUUGUUUUUGUUGAGGGUUGUGCUUUUCUUUUAGCUUCUGCUUUUGGUUUAAGAGGCAAGCUUGCCAAGCUUAUACCUCAGUCUAUUAGGCUUGCUUGUGCUGCUGGUAUUGGGCUUUUUAUUGCUUUUGUGGGCUUGCAAGUUAAUCAAGGUGUUGGGCUUAUUGGCCCUGAUGUGUCCAAUUUGGUUACCAUUACGGCCUGUAAAGUUAUAGACCCGGAAACUGGGGCUUGUUUAGGUGGGAAGUUACAAAGCCCAAAAUUCUGGCUUGGAGUUGUUGGUUUUCUUAUAACAAGCUAUGGUUUAAUGAAGAAUGUGAAAGGUAGCAUGAUUUAUGGCAUUCUUUUUGUGACAUUUGUUUCUUGGUUUAGACAUAGUGAAGUGACUUAUUUUCCUGAUACACCACUUGGUGAUGGGAAUUUUAGUUAUUUUAAGAAAGUGGUUGAUUUUCACAAGAUUGAAUCAACAUUUUGGGUUAUUAGUUUUAGUGAGUUCAAUAAAAAAGAAGUUUGGGAGGCUUUGGCUACAUUGUUUUAUGUUGAUGUAAUUGCUUUGACUGGUGUGAUGUAUACAAUGGCUGAGAUUGGUGAGUUUGUAGAUGAAAAAGGAAAUUUUGAAGGUGAAUACAUGGCUUAUAUUGUUGAUGCAGCUGGUACUAUGGUUGGGUCAGCAUUGGGUGUUACAACAACUGCAACAUUUGUGGAAUCAACGGCUGGGAUGAAAGAAGGUGGCAGAACAGGAUUAACGGCUGUGAUUGUUGGUUUGUUUUUCUUUCUGUCAUUGUUUUUUACUCCUUUGUUGUCAAGUGUUCCUCCAUGGGCUAUAGGUCCUUCACUAGUGAUGGUUGGUGUGAUGAUGAUGAAAGUUGUGAAGGAUAUAGAUUGGAAUAAUAUAAAAGAAGCUGUUCCAGCUUUUGUUAUAAUGCUUCUUAUGCCUCUAACUUAUUCCAUAGCAAAUGGGAUUAUUGCUGGUAUUGGACUUUAUGUUGCUCUUAGUCUUUUUGACUAUGGUACCAGCACCAUAAAUUGGUUGGGGAAAAUGAGAAGAAGGGUGAUCAAAGAGCAUAACCAAGUGUCGGCCACUGCAACAGGGGUUGACUCGGGUAUUGAAAUUAUUUGAAUUGUGGUUUCCAAACUGUUCUCCUAUCUUAUAUAUUAUAUAAAUAUAAAAUAGCAUAAUAGUAGUAGUAGUAGCCUCCUUCACGCCAAUGUCAGUGGAUUUGUAUUUAUUUAAUUAGUAGUUUCUUUUACUAAAUUCAAUUAGAAGUUAUUAUAGACUUUUUCUUUAAUUUUUUUUAUAACCAUGAUAUAGUUACAAAUUAUGUAUAGCUUCGGUGUACAUGCAAGAGUCAGGAAUUAAAUAUUUGAUUGUGAUCA